UACCAACGGCGCAGAUCUAAUGCCCGCCCCGCCCUUUCUCCUUAUAAAAUCCUCCAAACCUUCUUUCGAUUCUUUCAAACCCUCGAUCUUGGAUUCUUUUUGGGGUUUUAUAGUUCUUGAAAUAAGUAUUUGGGCUUUCGAAAAUGCUACUUCGUAGCUCAUCUAAUCCGGCCCUCAAUUCAUGGUUUCGACACGAAAACCUGAGCGAAUCAUUGUCGUUGGAGUCCAUAUCUAUUCGUCGUACCCCCAAAUUACCAACAAUUUCGUUGUAUUCUUUGAAUUCAUUUAAUGAUUCUUCUAAGAAGAUCAGUAGAGCUUCAUCGGAGGCUGAUUUGAUCGCUAGCUCCCUCUCCAAGUGUAAGAGUCCACUCAGAAAGAAUACAAAUUGUUUGCUUUCUGCUAUAGCUGUUGAAGAAGAUACGGAAGGAGAGGAGAGCGAUUGUGGGGUUUUGCUGUUUUCAAACUAUGGAUUAUAUGAUAAUGAGGGGAGGGGAUUUGGGGUUAUGGUGGAUGGGGCAGGUGGAGGUGGCGGUGGCGGUGGCGGUGAAGGGAAGAUCUCAGGCGGUGGUGGUCACAGUAAUCAUCAUCACGAAGAUGGUACCGAUCUGUAUUACCAGACCAUGAUUGAAGCAAACCCUGCGAACUCGAUGCUUCUUAGCAAUUAUGCCAAAUACUUGAAAGAGGUACGAGGAGACUUUUCGAAGGCCGAAGAGUACUGCAGCAGAGCAAUACUGGCAAACCCAAGUGAUGGAAAUGUGUUGUCAAUGUAUGCUGAUUUGAUUUGGGAGACACAUAAGGAUGCUCCUCGUGCACGGAGUUAUUUCGAUCAAGCUGUUCAGGCUUCCCCAGAUGACUGUUAUGUUAUGGCUUCUUACGCUCGGUUUCUUUGGGAUGCCGAUGAUGAGGAAGAGGACGAUGACGAUGAUGAUGACGACGACGAAGUUGAUAAGAAAGCUAUUUGCAAUAUGAAUGUAUUAACACCGAGUUUCUUAACAGGAGCUUCACAACCACCUCCAAUUGCUGCAGCAUCUUAGAGAUGAUGAACACUAUUCACAUGACUAUAUGUAGUGGCUUAAUAAUAUGGAAAGUGACUUAUUCAACAAGCUUCUAUGGGUGAGCUUUAUGUAGAAAGACAAGUUUUUCUAACUCGCCCUUUCCAAUUAAAAGAACAAGCUCCUUCCAUCUAUGAAAAAAGCUUCCCAAUCUAUAUAGAUAAAAAUUAAUCCACACUGACAACUUUAUUCAUAUAAGACUUAAUGAUUGAAUGAAUUAUGAUAAAAAAUCAGUGGAGGAUUAUGUUAUAUUACCUGCUGUUUUGUUGUUUGCAUAAAAUAUCUAGUUAGUGUUUGGAAUUGAAUGAGACAUUGCACCUAAUGUUAUGACUGUAGUGGUACUGAGUUCUGCCCCACAAAGUGCUUGGAAGUAUCUCAUGUUUAUUGAC